AUGUCGCAAGGAAAUGGGCCUAGGCAUGAGGGUGCCGAAGGCAUAAGAAUUGCAUGUCGCAAGGCAAUGGGCCUAGGCACGAGGGUGCCGAAGAGCGAUGUAGCUAGGCACGAUGGUGCCGAAGGCUACACAAAGCUUGAGUGUCGCAGAGCAAUGUGGCUAGGCAUGAUGACGCCGAAGGCGACACAAGAUAGCGAUGUAGCUAGGCACGAUGGUGCCGAAGGCUACACAAAGCUUGUGUGUCGCAAAGCGAUAUGGCUAGGCAUGAUGACGCCGAAGGCGACACAAGAUGUGGCUAGGCACGAGGGCGUUGAAGGCAACACAAAGCUUGCGUGUCGCAAUGCGAUGUGGCUAAGCACGGGGGCGCCGAAGGCAACACAAAGCUUGCGUGUCGCAAGGCGAUGUGGCUAG